CUGCAAUGGGACAAUUCUUCUUUGGUGAAUAACCAGACUAGAGAUACAUCAUGAGAGCUACCCCAGCUAUCCCUCUGGUCUUCUGUCUGCUGGCCCUUGGUCAUGCAUGGAACUGUAAGGAAAUGAUGUUCAAAAAUCUGUGUCAGAUUGACGCAGGAAUUGGACAAGUGGUUGCUACCGACACAAGUCAAAUUCCCUACUACCUGGUAGGGGAUGAAUUGAUCCGCCUGCCUGGUGCUCUGUCACACAUCACUGUGGGGCCAGCAGGAAUCUGGGGUGUCAAUGAGGCAUAUGCAAUUUACAAGUAUGUGGCCGGUAAUUGGGUGCAAGCUGCAGGCCUUCUGAAACAGGUGGAUGCUGGCGGUGACCCUUUUAUUGUUGGGGCCAACAUGAACGAUGGACCAUUCUGUCUCAAAAGUGAUGCCACAGUUGGCUACAAGGGUCCAGACUCACCCCUUCCAUGGACUGGAUUGUCAGGAUUAGUGAAGUACUACAGUUGUGGACCCUUCAUCUGCUGGGCUGUUAACAAGGAUGAUGAUAUCUUCAUAAUGAAUCUGAAGCCAGACUGUCAAAACAGUGGGUGGACUCAAAUUGAUGGCCAACUUUCCAUGAUUGAGGUGGCAUCUGAUGGUAGUGUUUUUGGAGCUAACUCUAAUGGGGAUGUUUAUACCAGAGACGGCAUCUCAGCCAGUAAACCUGAAGGCACAGGAUGGACCCAAAUCCCAAUGUGCUUAAAAAUAAAGCAUGUGACCUACGACCUGGGUAAUCUUUGGGCCAUCUCCACAUCUGGCGUCACAAUGUUGUGCACAAAUUAGCCUCUCUUCUGCAGCUGAAGGCCGUCAUGGAACAACAACAUUGGUCAAAUGAGAUAAAUGUUGUUGCCUGUCAA